CACACCUCAACCCUCAACGAUAUGUGCAGACACUGGGGUGUAUUCAGAGUCAAAUUUUACCAAAACCAUCCAAAGAUAAAUGAACUUCCAGACUGUAUAAGAAACGACAAUGACGAACCACUAAAACUGAAAGAAAUUUACGAACUCAUGAUCAAAGACAGACACCCAACACCAAGAAGAACAGAAUGGCAGAAGUUAUGGGCGGUGAGAUACAACACAGCAAUACCCAAAGUAUUCAUAAACAUCAACAUCAUUUCUCACCAAAAAGGUAGAAACACCCUCUUCAGAUUCUUCUCAAGAUCACUUCCAGGUAUCAACCACGAAAGAGACACCAGAUGCAAGAUCUGUGGCCACCUAUUCAGAGACCCUUAUUCUCACCUCUUCACUCUAUGCCAAGAUAUCCUAGAUAUUGAAAAAACCAUCAUAUCAACAGUUAACAAAUUAUCAUUCAUCAAAAUCCACAGAUGGUCAAUGGAUACCUUAGACAUAUCAAAAUACAACAGAACUGAGAGAAUCUUCCCCAAUCUCAUAGGAAUAAUAGCACACCAAUUAUGGAAGAUAAUCUGUCACAAAUUGUUCAACACUGAUGAAAGCAAACCAGAGCCAAAAUUCGAACAAAAGGUCAUAGAAACAGAAUUACUAAAUCUCAUCGAAACUGAAAAAUUCAUCACACUAAAGAAAAUCAAACACGACGAAGCAAUACUAAAAAACACCAAUCAAGAUCUUCACAAAUACAAAUUCAACAAAGCCUGGCAAACCCCAGCAGCUCCGAACCCUCUUCCAAUUUAA